AUGCAGAAAGGGAUCCGGCUGAACGAUGGCCACGUCGCGUCCCUGGGACUGCUGGCGCGCAAGGACGGCACGCGCAAAGGCUACCUGAGCAAGCGGAGUUCGGACAACACAAAAUGGCAAACCAAGUGGUUCGCGCUGCUGCAGAAUCUGCUCUUCUACUUCGAAAGCGACUCAAGCUCUCGGCCCUCGGGGCUCUACCUGCUGGAGGGCUGUGUCUGCGACCGCGCGCCCUCCCCCAAGCCCGGGGUCUCUGCUAAGGAGCCCGCGGAGAAACAGCAGCAUUACUUCACAGUGAACUUCACCCAUGAGAACCAGAAGGCACUGGAGCUGAGGACUGAGGAUGCGAAGGACUGUGACGAGUGGGUGGCAGCCAUUGCUCAUGCCAGCUACAGGACACUGGCCACGGAGCACGAGGCGCUCAUGCAGAAGUACCUGCACCUGCUGCAGAUAGUAGAGACAGAGAAGACGGUAGCCAAGCAGCUGCGACAGCAGAUCGAGGACGGCGAGAUCGAGAUCGAGCGACUGAAGGCAGAGAUUGCAUCCCUGCUCAAGGACAAUGAACGCAUCCAGUCCACCCAGAUUGUCACCCCCAAUGACGAGGACAGUGACAUCAAGAAAAUUAAGAAGGUACAGAGCUUCCUGCGGGGCUGGCUGUGCCGGCGGAAGUGGAAGACCGUCAUCCAGGACUACAUCCGGUCUCCCCAUGCCGACAGCAUGCGCAAGAGGAACCAGGUGGUGUUCAGCAUGCUGGAGGCCGAGGCCGAGUACGUGCAGCAACUGCACAUCCUUGUCAAUAAUUUUCUGCGCCCACUACGCAUGGCUGCCAGCUCCAAGAAGCCUCCCAUCACACACGAUGAUGUCAGCAGCAUCUUCCUGAACAGUGAGACCAUCAUGUUCCUACAUCAGAUCUUCUACCAAGGCCUGAAGGCCCGCAUCUCCAGCUGGCCCACCCUGGUGCUGGCCGACCUGUUCGACAUCCUGCUGCCCAUGCUCAACAUCUACCAGGAGUUCGUCCGCAACCACCAAUACAGCCUCCAGAUCCUAGCUCACUGCAAGCAGAACCGGGACUUUGACAAGCUUCUCAAGCAGUACGAGGCCAAGCCAGACUGUGAGGAGCGCACGCUGGAGACCUUCCUCACCUACCCUAUGUUCCAGAUCCCCAGGUACAUCCUGACACUCCACGAGCUGCUGGCCCACACACCUCAUGAGCACGUGGAGCGCAACAGCCUGGACUACGCCAAAUCCAAACUAGAGGAACUGUCCAGGAUCAUGCACGAUGAAGUCAGUGAGACGGAGAACAUCCGGAAAAACCUGGCCAUCGAGCGCAUGAUCAUCGAGGGCUGUGAGAUCCUCCUUGACACCAGCCAGACCUUUGUGCGACAAGGUUCCCUCAUCCAGGUGCCCAUGUCAGAAAAGGGCAAGAUCACCAGGGGGCGCCUGGGAUCUCUGUCCCUUAAGAAAGAGGGUGAACGGCAAUGCUUCCUGUUCUCCAAGCACCUCAUCAUCUGCACCAGAGGCUCUGGAGGGAAACUGCACCUGACCAAGAAUGGAGUCAUAUCCCUCAUCGAUUGCACCUUAAUGGAGGAACCAGAAAACACAGAGGAGGAAGCCAAAGGAACUGCCCAGGACAUAGACCACUUGGAUUUUAAGAUCGGGGUGGAGCCAAAGGAUUCCCCACCCUUCACGGUCAUCCUGGUGGCCUCAUCCAGGCAAGAGAAGGCAGCGUGGACCAGUGACAUCAGCCAGUGUGUGGACAAUAUCCGGUGCAAUGGACUCAUGAUGAAUGCCUUUGAAGAAAAUUCCAAGGUCACUGUGCCACAGAUGAUCAAGUCCGAUGCCUCCUUAUAUUGUGAUGAUGUUGACAUUCGCUUCAGCAAAACCAUGAAUUCUUGCAAAGUGCUGCAGAUCCGGUACGCCAGUGUGGAGCGGCUGCUGGAGCGGCUGACAGACCUUCGCUUCCUGAGUAUCGACUUCCUCAACACCUUCUUGCACUCCUACCGUGUCUUCACCACCGCCGUGGUGGUCCUAGACAAGCUCAUCACCAUCUACAAGAAACCCAUCAGUGCCAUCCCCGCCAGGUCACUGGAGCUCCUGUUUGCCAGCGGCCAGAACAAUAAGCUUCUGUACGGAGAGCCCCCCAAGUCACCUCGUGCCACCCGCAAGUUCUCCUCACCGCCACCCUUGUCCAUCAAUACAUCGUCUCCAAGCCGCAGGCGGAAGCUGUCCCUCAACAUCCCCAUCAUCACAGGUGGCAAGGCGCUGGACCUGGCUGCAUUCAGCUGCAGCUCCAAUGGCUUCACCAGCAUGCACUCACCCAUGUCUCCCUUCAGCAAGUCCACACUGGACACCAGCAAGCUCUGUGUGACCAGCAGUUUCACCAAGAAGACUCCAGAUGAGACCGAUACAACUCCAGAGAAGCCUGAGGAGCCCUCAGCCCUUAGCAAGCAGAGCUCUGAAGUCUCUGUGAAAGAAGACUCUGAUGCUGACCAGAACCAGAGUGAUGACUGUGACACUGAGGCAUCGCCUACCAAAUCUCCAUCAACACCAGCAUCAGUCAAAAGCAAAAGCUCUUCAGAGUUCCCACUCUUUAACUACAACAACGGAGUCGUGAUGACCUCAUGUCGUGAACUGGACAAUACCCGCAGUGCCCUCUCGGCCUCCUCUGCCUUUGCCAUAGCUACCGCGGGAGCCAACGAGAGCACCCCAAAGAAGGAGAAGUUUCAGUAUCGCAGGAUGUCCUUGGCCACCACAGGGUUUCCCCCUGACCAGAGAAAUGGCGACAAGGAGUUUGUGAUCCGCAGAGCGGCCACCAAUCGAGUGCUGAAUGUGCUCCGCCACUGGGUUUCCAAGCACUCUCAGGACUUCGAAACCAACAGUAAGCUCAAAAGCAAGGUCAUCAGUUUCCUGGAAGAGGUCAUGCAUGACCCAGAGCUUCUGACACAGGAGCGAAAGGCAGCGGCCAACAUCAUCAGGACUCUGACCCAGGAGGACCCAGGCGACAACCAGAUCACACUGGAAGAGAUCGCACAGAUGGCAGAGGGCGUGAAGGCUGAGCCCUUUGAAAACCACUCGGCCCUGGAGAUAGCAGAGCAGCUGACGCUGCUGGAUCACCUCGUCUUCAAGAAGAUUCCUUAUGAGGAGUUCUUCGGCCAGGGCUGGAUGAAGGUAGAGAAAAACGAAAGGACGCCAUACAUCAUGAAAACCACCAAGCAUUUCAACGAUAUCAGUAACUUGAUUGCUUCAGAAAUUAUCCGAAAUGAGGACAUCAACGCAAGGGUGAGCGCCAUUGAGAAGUGGGUAGCUGUGGCGGACAUAUGCCGCUGCCUACACAACUACAAUGCCGUGCUGGAGAUCACCUCCUCCAUGAACCGCAGUGCGAUCUUCCGGCUCAAAAAAACAUGGCUCAAAGUUUCUAAGCAGACGAAAGCUUUGAUUGACAAGCUCCAAAAGCUUGUGUCGUCAGAGGGCAGAUUUAAGAACCUCAGAGAAGCUCUGAAAAAUUGUGACCCACCCUGUGUCCCUUACCUGGGGAUGUACCUCACUGACUUGGCCUUCAUCGAGGAGGGGACACCCAAUUACACAGAGGACGGCCUGGUCAACUUCUCCAAGAUGAGGAUGAUCUCCCAUAUUAUCCGAGAGAUUCGCCAGUUUCAACAGACUGCCUACAAAAUCGAACACCAAGCAAAGGUGACUCAGUACUUACUGGAUCGAUCUUUUGUAAUGGACGAAGAAAGUCUCUAUGAGUCUUCUCUCCGAAUAGAACCGAAACUUCCCACCUGAAGCUGCACCCACCCUGCCCCAGCCGCUCCCGUGGACACCCGCUAUAUGAUAUUGUACAUAAUCGUUUGGUUCCUCCGGAUUUCUUCUUCAGUAUGUGCUUCUCCAAGAAUACAACUCUGUUCUUGUUCUUA